AUGGUGCCUAACUCAAACCAGACCAUGCCGUCAGCUAAGGAGGAUACGUGGGCGUUCCAGCCGAUCGGAGCUCCAUUCCCGGAUCAUCCAAUACGUGUUCCACAGCAACAGAAUAUGUACGUAGCAUUAUGGUACAAAUAUGGAAAACCUAUACAUGGCCGAGCGUGGAACAACAACGGAGGCGUCGAAUGUUCGUUUCCGUACAAAAAAUUUGAAUUGAAAACGAAGACUGAGUUAGAAGGACAUAUCCAAAUCCUCACCUAUAAAGGGAACUUCAAGACACUUGGAUAUUGGUACGAAUGGUUACCGUUGAAGUCGCGAUUUGACGACACCACCGAUCGGGAACUGGUUCGAUGCGGUCAAUCGACUCCAAUUCUAAUACCUUGCAAGGAUGGUCAACUACGCCUUGGAUACCUCGAUUUGAGCACUGAAAUAGCAAUGGUGUCGUAUGACAAGAAAGUGGAAGAGUUGUCCGGAGGCCCAACACAAAAUUGUCUUGGAUUGUUUCGGAACUACAAGGAACCACCGCUAAAAAUCGUUGAAGAUGAUCAAUGGGAUGAUCUCAAGUGGGGAGAUGUGUUCCCCAAAAACGCUGAACCGGCAUUAAAACGUGAGCUCAAAACUGAAGCAAAGAGGCCAAAAUACCAAUAUGUCGCGCUAUGGUAUAAACACGGUGAGCCAGUAUUCGGCCUAGCUUAUCCUGGCCCCGACGGGAAGCUCAAAGCAAGUUUCGGAGCGAAGAAUCAAGAGAAUAACGGACCAGAAAUUGGAUCAUUGCAACUUUUAACACUACCUGAUCCUAGCUGUAUGGGACUUGAGUAUAAAUGGAUGACAUUGGCCGAUGGAAGAAAGGAUGAGGCGAAAAAAUGGGAACCAGUUCACGUCGGUACUGCAGCACCAUGUGUUUGUGUGGAUGAAAAAGGUUAUGAAACUGUCGGCACCAUUAAUAUUUCGAAUGAAAUUGCAUCAAUAGGAUGGGAAGGGAAGCAGAAAAUGUUCACUGGUUCAAAACCGCUAAAUUUUAUGGUUCUGCAUCAUAGAAAAAUCCACUAG